AAGACACUUGGGUCUCUAGAGUAAAGCUGGAUCAGUGACUGGUGUUGUAGCAAUCAAUGCAUACCCUGAUGAUGUGGAGGGCUCUCAUCUUUCUAAUUCUUACAUUCUCAUCAGGAGCACUUUCACAAUCAAAAACACGCAUUGCACAUUAUCGUUCAUGGAAUUCACAGAUGUAUCCAGUUUGGAGAGACGGAGAUCCCAGAUACAGAGACUGUUGGAAAGGUGGAGAGGUGACAUUUGAAGUCAGAAGUGAUUCUCCUACACUGACAGGAGCCAAAGCUACUUUCAACAUUGAUGUUGGCUUCCCUCAGAACCAGACAGUACUUCCUGAUGGACAGGUGGUGUGGGCAAGAAACUGUACUAUUAAUGUUACAACUGGUUCCUUCAGGCCACAGGUGGUUUUGAUGGCAGCAAUCUCAACUGGUUGUCAGCUCAGUCCAACUCCAGCAGCCACUGUUGUACCUCCUGUUCCUGUCACAGAUGAAACUACAGCAGUGGAAAACAUUGUGCUGACUGUUUCUCCUCAGUUGGUUGAUGUUGCGCCCACGGCAGAGGAAGGAGUUGCAGAUGAUGUCACUGUCGUUGCCAAUGACUUGGCAGUGUCAGCAAUUGACACAGAAGCAAAAUUAGAUAAUACUGGCCAAGAGGUCCCCACUGUUGCUGGAGACACAGCUGUGGCUGAAGCUGACAAUACUGCUGCAGUUAUGUUAGCCACACCUACGGCUGUUGAGGCUGAACCUGCGACAGAAGUUCCUGUGGCUGACAUGGACCCAGAAAGAGACGAGAUUAUAAUCAAUCUGGCAGCCACAGUACUCCCAGAACCCCCUGAAUUCUCUGUUUGGACAGUUAUAGAAACAGUAGCACCAACUGGUGAUGCAGUAAUCAUUAUUACCUCUGAGGCAGUGGUCACAGAUAUUGUAGCAUCUGUUUUACCUGCAAUAGAAGACAUAGAAGCAGUUAAUGAGACUGUUGCUGGGGUCAACGAGGCAACCGAAACCAUCAAUGGCUUAACUAGCAUAUCUGAGGCAACAGUGAGUGAAUUAGAAGCUGAACUGGUGGCAGGAACUGAAGCAACCCAGGCCGCUCUAGUCAUUGCAAAGCGGCAAGCACCAGAAAUGCCAGCAGAAACAAACUGUAUGAUUUAUCGUUAUGGCUCCUUUUCUACAACUCUUACAGUAGUCCAGGGAAUAGAGAGUGUUGAGAUUGUGGAGGUAAAUAAUGUGGUCAUUCUGGCCACAGAGCUGGAGCAGAAUGCUGUAGAUCUUACAGUCACAUGCCAGGGAAGCCUUCCAAAUCAAGUCUGCACUGUGGUAUCUGAUGCAGACUGCACAAGCCCUGUUCAGGCCCUACAGUGUAAUGCUGUGACUCCAACCUCUGAGUGUCAGAUGGUGCUGCGACAAUUUUUCAACAACUCUGGCACCUUCUGUAUCAACGUCUCUCUAACCAAUGAUGUCAGCUUGGCAGUAACCAGUGCAAAGCUCAGUGUGGCUAUAGACACAAAUUCAUCAAGGAACAUGGCUGGAGCAACACUGGGAGUCCUGUUUUUUAUUUGUGCUGUGGGGGCCAUUGCAUUUACAUACAAGCGAUUUAAGGAGUACCAUCCACUGAGACAUUAUAAUGCAAGCAGCAGUUUCAGCUCUGGAAGAAGCUCAGUGCCUUUAAUGCUGUGGAAUUUUCUGAGCCGGAGAUCCACUGCAGAGAGCCGCCCCCUCCUGCUUGGGCGAGUGGUGUGAAAAGCUGUCCACUUCUGCUUUAAGGCAUAUUGCAUAGUCUGUACAAUCUCUCAAUAAUUAAAUAAUAAUUCAAUAUGUACAAUGAGGGCCUCAUUGUACUGUAAUAACAAAAUGUCAUACGUAAUAUGCCUUACAUUAUCUAAAUGAUGUUUUAUUGUAUGUGGCAGUUGCUGAAUAAUUACAGAGUAUAUUGUGUGCCAUCAUAAAAAGUUGCAGAUAUUUCCUGUCAGUGGUUAGGUUUUCUUGGGUUGCAAUAAUCUGACUUUUUCUCCUUCGGUUAUUUGUUUUGUCCCUAGGUGUCAAUCUAGAGAUAUAGAGUUGUAACUUUAACUAUGAAAAAUAUAGUGCAGUGCACAGGACAAUGCAAAGUGGUGAAAAACCAAGUAGUUUACUUACAUUAUUUACAGAAGGUGGGAAUAAAAAGUACAAAAGGGGUACAAAAUGUAAAAGAAAAAACUAAUCUACACUCUUUAACAAAAAUCAAAGUACAGUGGGUGGCACUCACCCCUUACCUAACAUUUAUGUGGAUCUGUUAUGUGAAGCAUCUUCAGUUAUGUAAAUCUAAUCAUUCUAUAAGCAACCCAAGUAAACUGCUUGAUAGGAAUAUUGUCUAAUUUAAAAUCAUCAGAUAAUAGUCAGGUUAUUACAGACCACAAAAACAUUGUCAGCUGUUCUUCAAAUAAUCUAUUUAACUAAAAACAAAUGUUUCAAGAAAAGCCUUGCACAUUUUCAACAUUUAUGAAACAUUAAGAAGCUUUAUGAAGUAAAUUUAUAUUUACAUUAAACUACGAUGUAAAUUUAUAUUAGUGUUUAACCAUCAAUAAUUAAAAAUAUUAUGUAUUUUCCCCAUUUACCUUUGCAGAACUACCUUUCCUAUAUUAUAUUAUAAUCUAAUUUUAUUUUAUUUUAUUUUAUUUUUAUUUUAUUAUUUAGAGCAGUGCUUCUCAAACCUGUCUAAACCCCCCACCACUGCACAUUUUGGAUGUCUUCCUCAUCUAACACACCUCAUUCAACUCAUCAUCUAAGUAGAGAUUGCAAAACCCCAAAUGGGUUUGUCUGAUAUGAGAAACAUGCUAAAUGUGCAGUGGUGGGGGAUCUUCAGGACAAGCUUGAGAAGCACUGAUUUAAAUCCUCAACUUUUUUUUACAAACGAUGUGUUAAUUUGAUAUCUACUCAAAAGGUCUGAUGUUUUAUUUAUAAAUAAUAAUAGCCAUACUGAUGACUUAUUACCCCUAAAUAAAAACAUCUCCUGACUCUU